UGUAUUUUAAAACGGCGCAGUCGCCGCUGCCUUGUGGGAAGUGCAGAAGAAGACACCGACCGACGGACAAGAGGAAAAAUAUGACAGGGCGCGCGAAAAGAAAACCCAAAUCUAUUCAGGAGACAGGGCCAGGCAACGGGGAGUUGAAGAAAGCCCGUCCUGAUGAAUCCAAAGCUGUGCCAUUGUCGGAGGUGAGUUCAGACCAACGAGAUGAGAUGGUGCAACUGUAUAAGCUUCAAAUGCCAGAAGAUCUGUACCACUUCUGGGACUUCUGCAAGGGUCUUUGUCCUGACAACCCCCGAGGUGCGCUGAUGGACACACUAGGAUUGUGGCUGGUUGGUCCUUUUGACAUUCUGGCAGAAGCUCACAAAAACUCCCAGAAUUCUCAGCCUAACUUCCACCUUCACUGGAGAUACUUUUAUGACCCGCCGGAGUUUCAAACCAUACUUAAGGGGAGUGGGGACAGCCAGUACCACAUAGGCUAUUACAGAGACAGCCCAGAUGCUCUUCCCUCAUUUGUUGGGGAAAAUGAAGCCAAGAAGGGCUGCACUAUAACACAGAUGGGGGACAACGUGUUUGCUGCUGUCCACCAGUACAUGUUGAAGAAGAGGAAAGAGAGGAGCAGCCAGAAGGUAGGGCGAGAGGCCUUGGAAAACUUGGAAGCAAAGUUGAGAAGCAGUGCAGAGAGUCUGGGCUUCUCUCUGGAACAGAAGACCAAAGGCAUGAAGCAGAGGGACAAGAAGGUGGUCACCAAGACGUUCCACGGUGCAGGCAUCGUUGUGCCUGUAGACAAGAACGAUGUGGGAUACAGAGAACUACCGGAAACAGAUGCUGGUCUGAAGAAGAUCUGCAAGGCCAUCGCUGAAGCACGGAAUGAUGAGGAGCGGCUCAAAGCCUUCGGACCACUCCAAGAAAUGAUCACGUUUGUUCAAUUUGCCAACGAUGAGUGUGACUACGGCAUGGGUUAUGAGUUGGGAAUAGACCUCUUCUGUUAUGGCUCCCAUUACUUCUACAAGGUGAUCAGGCAGCUUCUGCCCAUGGCCUACAGCUUGUUGAAAAGGAAUUUGUUUGGGGAAAUUCUGGAGGCCCACCUCUCUAGCCGCUCCCACGACAACCUGGACCAACUCUCUGCCCAGUAAAAGAUUCAGAAGUAAAUUUCCGUUCUAAGUCAUAUAAGCUUUUUUUUUUUUUUUUAACCAUAUGUUCUUGUCUUGUCAUUUGUCAUUGUUAAUGUCACCUGGUCGUUUCGGUGCUGCUGUCAUUCAUUGGUACCAGUUGAAUUAUAUCUGUUUGUGAAAGGCAAAUGUCUAAUAAAGUAUAAUUUUUAUAUUUUUAA